AUUACCACAAGUCAUCAAUUAUUACAGGGCUGGACCUGGACGGCUGGUCAACGUUACAACCGUACAGCUACAACGUGAGCUGUGCAAUCAAGAUUAUUGUUCAGUUACCUAGUGGCUUUGCUUACCAUUCAAAAUGCUGGAGACGGGAAUGUAUACAGAUGACUUGGUUCAAGGCCAAGAGUUCAAGGUGAGCAACCAGUCUCAACCCUCCCCUGGGUACAACUACAUAGUGUCGGCUCACAAGCCCACGGCUGUCUAUGCAUGUGCCACAGGUCAAUUGACAUCUACAAAUGACCUGAACUUGGUGAUAGCGCGCAACAAUGUGUUGGAGCUUCAUCUGGUGACACCUGAGGGCCUGAAGCUGCUAAAAGAAAUCAGCAUUUAUGGCAAAAUUACUUGCCUGGAACUUUUUACUCCACGCUCAGUCUCUCCCCUUGGCGAUAAACCAAAGGACUUGAUAUUUCUGCUGACGGAUCGCCACAAUGUAAUGAUCUUAGAGUGCCUGUGCAAUGAUGACCAGUUGGACAUUAUAACUCGCGCUCAUGGCAAUGUGGCAGACACAAACGGGAAAGAGUGUGAGAGCGGCAUGCAGGCGGUGAUUGAUCCUGAAGCUCGGUGCAUUGUUCUGCGUCUGUACGAAGGUCUGGUCAAAGUCAUCCCGCUGGAGGAGUCUAACACUGAACUGCUGGCUUUCAACUUACGUGUGGAUGAGCUGCAGGUGUGCGACAUCCAGUUCCUGCAUGGCUGUAGCUCGCCCACGCUCAUCAAGCUGCACCAAGACGGCAACGGGAGACAUAUACGUACCCACACGCUCUCUCUCAGGGAGAAGGAGUUCUCCAAGGUACCUUGGAAAUUAGAUAACGUGGAAGCUGAGGCUGUGAUGAUAAUCCCUGUCCCUGAGCCGCUGUGUGGCGCUAUUGUCGUUGGUCAGGAAACGAUCUCUUACAUCAAGCCUGACUCCCACGUGACCAUCGCUGCAGGCAUCCUGUCCACCAGCACCGUCAUCUGUUAUGCCCCUGUUGACAGAGACGGCAGCAGGUACCUGUUGGGUGACUUAUCAGGUCGUUUGUUCAUGCUGCUGCUGGAGAAGACGGCGCCAGAUGCAGACCCUGACAUCAAACUGGAGCUGCUGGGCGAAGUGUGCACGCCCGAGUGUAUCACGUAUCUCGACAACGGCGUCAUCUACGUAGGGUCACGUCUCGGUGACUCGAGACUCGUGCGUCUCAACAAGACCCAGGACCCCGUCACUAAAUCAUUUCUCACCACCAUGCAGACCUUCCCCAACCUAGGACCUAUCGCUCAUAUGACUGUUGUUGAUCUGGAACGACAGGGACAAGGACAGCUCAUUACUUGCUCUGGUGCGUUCAAAGAAGGCAGUCUGCGCAUCAUCCGCAACGGCGUCGGUAUCCAAGAACUUGCCUGUAUUGAGCUUCCUAAAAUACGCGGUAUGUGGGGCCUUUCUAUCGCCGCCUCUGAUGCCUCCAUUCACAACACGCUGGUCGUGACCUUCCAUUCCUCCACCAGGUUUUUGAAGGUCGGGGGUGACAUUGUGGAUGAGAUCAGGAUACCAGGAUUCUUAAACAAAAAAAUGACUUUUUAUGCCGCCAACGUCAAUUUUCAUCAAGUUAUUCAGGUUACGCGGUGUGGCGUGCGGCUGGUGAAGGAGGACACAUGCAAGCUGGUGCAGCACUGGUGUCCACCAGACGACCGCCCCGUGUCGCUGGCCACAAGCAACCCUGGCCAGGUUGUGGUCACGUCUGGGCCGUACGUCUACUACCUUACCGUGGCUGACGGCGCUCUCAACCUCGUCAGUCAGUGCCAGCUGGAGCACGAAGUGGCGUGCGUUGACGUGUCUCCGUUGGGAGGGGCGGACGAGGCGUCGGUGGUGGGCGUGGGCAUGUGGACUGACAUCACCACAAGGAUACUGGCCCUGCCCUCCCUUAAUGAAGUGUACAAGGAGCCCCUCGGUGGAGACAUCAUUCCCCGAUCGAUGCUGUUGGCUACGUUUGAAGACGUUCAUUAUUUACUAGUUGCCGUAGGUGAUGGCCAACUGGUCUACUAUGUUUACAAUCCCAAGCAGCGACAUCUCACGGACAGAAAACGGGUUGUGGUAGGUAUGCUACCUACUCAGCUACGACGCUUCAACUCUGGGUCCGUGUCGAAUGUGUUCGCCUGUUCUGACCGCCCAACCGUCAUCUACUCCUCUAACCACAAACUCGUCUUCUCUAAAGUCAACCUCAAAGAAGUCACGCACAUGUGUCCUCUUAAUUCCGAAGCUUAUCCAAACAGCUUAGCUCUGGCUAACGGCGAGGGUGUCACCAUUGGCACGAUUGACGAGAUCCAAAAACUGCACAUCCGAACCGUGCCGCUCGGGGAGACGCCUCGCUACAUCGCUUACCAGGAGGAGACUGAGACAUUUGGCGUGGUCACGUUCCGUGUGGACGUUUGUGAAGACCCGAACAUCAACACUGGCUCCACAGCGGUUGUUGGCAGCACACCAGCCCCUGCUCGAGGGCCAAGUGGAGCGGUGUCAGGCGCCAACGUGCCAGGCUACGGCAUUCAGUACGGCCUGGGUCUGGACGGCGCAACGCCUGCUUCUCUCACCGCACACAACACAUCCUACGCCCUCACCACAACCUCCAUCAUAAAGACUGGCAUCGUGCCGCCUCCCGAGCGUGGCCAAGAAAUUGAGACCUACAAUCUCCUCAUCAUGGCUCAAAAUACUUUCGAAGUUAUCCACUGCCACGCCUUCUGUCCGCAUGAGUACGUGAUCUCUCUGAUCAGCACGAAGCUUCGUGACGACCCCGUCCCUUACUACAUCUGUGGCACCGCCAUCGUCAACCCUGAGGAGAGCGAGGCUAAAGUUGGACGAAUUGUCAUCUUCUCGUUCACGGACUCCAAACUUGUUCAGGUGGCAGAGAAAGAGAUGAAGGGCGCCAUUACCGUACUGCAAGAAUUCCAAGGCAAACUCCUUGCUGCUGUCAACAACACGGUACGUUUGUUUGAAUGGACCCAAGAAAAGGAAUUGCAGCUCGAGUGCUCUCACUUCAACAACAUCUACGCCGUGGCCAUGAAGAAGAAAGGCGACUUUGUCUUGAUUGGAGACCUCAUGAGAUCUAUGGCUUUACUACAGUACAAAACCCUAGAAGGAAACUUUGAAGAGAUCGCUCGUGACUAUGAACCAAACUGGCUGACUUGCAUCGAGAUUCUCGAUGAUGAAUUUUUCCUUGCUGCUGAACACUUGAACAACAUCUUCGUGUGCCAUAAAGACAGUGGCGCGAGCACGGAGGAAGAGCGACAGCAGAUGGUGGAUGUGGCGCGCUACCACUUGGGCGACUUCGUGAACGUCUUCUGCCCGGGGUCGCUGGUGAUGCGUGGCGAGGAGGCGGGUCCUUUGGGCGUCGCGCAAUCAGGGGUGCUCUUCGGCACCGUCAGUGGCUGCAUCGGACUUUCAAUCAGUAUAAGUGGCGACCUCUACAACUUCCUCACGGAGCUCUCGUCUCGGCUCUCGAAAGUCAUCAAAUCUGUAGGCAAAAUCAAUCAUUCAUUUUACCGAAGCUUCCACAGUGACAAAAGAGUGAAGAAAAUGCAAGGCUUCAUCGAUGGAGAUCUAGUUGAGAAUUUCAUGGAUCUUUCGAAAGAUAAAAUGGAGGAAGUCUGCUCUAAGUUGACGAUGAACGUGAACGGUCAGGCUGUGGAAAUGAACGUGAAUGAAGUGAUGAAACUGGUGGAGGAACUCAGCAGGCUGCACUGAGUCUCAUGAAGCCGCAACAAUUCAUUCAUGUUGACAUCGGCAACAAUUCAUUCAUGUUGACAUCGGCAACAAUUCAUUCAUGUUGAGAUCGGCAGCAAUUCAUUCAUGUUGACAUAUUUAAUGACCAUGUGAAUUUAUCUAUCAAAUACAUAAGCCUUAAACACGGUACGUUCCGUCACUAUUGAGCGCCUUGUCAUGUCAUUUUCAUCUCGCUUCCGGAAAUGUAUGUGAAAAUUUCAAAUGCAUCUUGGCAGUCAAUAUUUGAAUACAUUUUUUUCCCCUUUCAAUUGUCAAUUUUAAACCACGAUCCCGUCAUGAAGUUCAUUUCAUUAAACUAUUAGAACAUAUAUCUUAAUAAACCCGCUUAGCAGAUGAAUUUGGUCUCAAAAUAAAUGAAAGCUGAAAUAAAUAUUUACUGUGAUUUUCUUCCUCCGACCUCUUAUUUUCUGAAAUAAUGUAAGAAAAUAUGAAAAUUCUGCUAUUCAUGUAACAUUGACCAUCUGAUUCAUUAUUCAAAAUCAAUCUUAUAAAUUCUUGAACUUUAGAUUGCGAAGGCGAUGUUUUUAUUUCACUUCAUUUAAUUAAUUUACGCAAUCACUCUAUUACAUUAAUUUACUGGUUAGGAGUGUGCAUAUUGGCGCAUUCUACUUGCAUCUUAUUUCGGAUCAUUUUUGGUUUACUGAUUAUCAUCUAGGUUGUAAAAUGUUUAUCGUGGGUAUGGGUUGAAGCGUAGCCGUUAGGUAGCAAAUACCAGUAAAUGUAAAUACAAAUUCAGGCUCCAAUUUCUUGUCUUUGUGAUGAAUGUCACUGCAAAUAAUUGACAGCAAUGCCAAGCCAAUCUGACUUGAAUUUGUAUAUUACAGUUUGAGUUACUCUGCCUAACUCUAAUUUUUUUAACCACCUCCCUGCACCUCCUGUUGUUUCUGACUAGUAGUUAUUUAGUUUUUCUAAUAAAACUUUUUCCUAAUGGCCAUAAAAUUAGAUCAAAUUAGAUAAUUAGCAAGCUCCUUAGGGUGUUUAUUGUGAUAGAAAAUCAUGUUUACUCGUGUGAGUUGGACUCGCUCUCACAUUUUCACUUCCAAUACCUUCCAAUAUCCUCCAUAAACCUGAUAAAGUUGAAUCUGA